AACAGAUCAACUCUAUUUCUCCCGUCCCAGCUCUCCAAGGAUCAAAUUCUCAUACUCCAACAGAUAAAUGGCCUCGAUCCAAACCCGCCAUGACCCGCAGAAGCAGCAGCUCUCCCACCAGGUUGCGAAAACCACCACCGCGGUGACCCUUGGCGGCUCCCUCAUGGUCCUUUCCGGGCUGACGCUCGCAGCCACCGUGAUCGGCCUGGUCUUGGCCACUCCACUGCUCGUGAUAUUCAGCCCUGUGCUCGUCCCUGCCGCCAUAACCCUUUUCUUGAUCCUCGCCGGCUUCGUCACCUCCGGAGGUUUUGGCGCCGUCGCCAGCUUUCUUUUCUACUGGAUGUACAAAUACGCCACUGGGAAGCACCCCAUCGGGGCGGAGCAGCUGGACCGCGCACGCGAGAAGCUCGCCCACGCCGCGCAUGAUGUGAAGGAGAGGGCGGAGCAGUUUGGGCAGCAGCACGUCAAAGGAAGCCAGGGGACUUAAAUUGCGUUCUAGACGAAUCAAUCGCUUCAUGACGAUUUCUGUUUAUUAAAUUUUGUACCUUGUUGGGUGUUUUCUCAUUUUUGUGUGUAUGUCAGUGUCAGUGUCUUUCUGCGUGUGUGUGUGUGUGUGUGUGUAAUUCUGGUUGAUGAUAAUUAACAAUUUGUGUUCUUAACUGUGGAUGGUUAUGUGAGUAAUCUUAAUCAGGCCCCUUGUUCCUUC